UUAGAAGCUGAGGAAGAGGAAGAAUAUGAUUAUCAAAUCCACUGACUGAAGUCACAGAACUUGUGUUCUUCGCGCGCCAUGGCUGGUAGUAGAUCGAAAUGCAUAAGAUUCCCAGAUGAUCCUGAGAUGGCAGAGUCUACAUCACCUAAAAGGGGUUAUAUGUUAAAAUUUACCGAUAAAUGCACUAAAGCAGGACCUGAGCUGCGCUCCAAGAAGGUUGAGAAGGAUGGAGUAGGCAAGAACUUUCGUGAAAAAGCACUUUCCAGAGUCUUCUCUGAGGAUUAUGAUGCUGUAGAGAAGAUGAUUUUGGAUCCUAGAGGACCUGUCAUUAACAAAUGGAACAAGAUUUUCUUAGUAGCUUGUUUGGUUUCUCUUUUUAUUGACCCUCUAUUUUUUUAUUUGCCAAGUUCUAAGGAGGGAAUGUGCAUUGAGGUUUCUAUACCCCUUGAAAUCGCUCUCACAAUCAUUCGUUCGAUAGUUGAUGCAUUUUACUUUGUUCAGAUCUAUGUUCGAUUUCGAACAGCUUAUGUUGCUCCUUCCUCUCGUGUAUUUGGGAGAGGAGAACUGGUUAUUGACCCUUCAAAAAUUUCUUCAAGGUACCUUCGCAAGGAUUUUUGGCUUGACGUAGUAGCUGCCCAACCCCUUCCACAGCUGUUGGUUUGGGCUGUAAUCCCUCAUUUGAGGGCUGCAUCGAUGGUCAACACGAAAAAUGUUAUUCGCUUAAUCAUCAUUUUUCAGUAUCUCCUGAGGCUGUUUCUCAUCUUUCCACUGUCAUCUCAAAUCAUCAAGGCUUCUGGGGUUUUGUUGAAAACGGCAUGGGCUGGAGCUGCUUAUAAUUUGAUGCUCUAUAUGUUAGCCAGCCAUGUUUUAGGGGCCUGCUGGUACCUCUUCUCAGUUGAGCGGCAAGAAGAGUGUUGGAGAAAAGUAUGCAGUUCUCAACACCUGCAUUGCUAUUUGGGUUUUUUUGACUGCCGCCUCAUGGAUAACUCUGCUAGAGUUGCUUGGUUUAAAUCAAGCAAUAUCUCAGGUCUAUGUGAUCCAAACGGAAACUUCUUCAACUUUGGCAUUCAUGCUGAUGCACUGACUUUCAAAGUGACAGCUGCCAGCUUCCUCAACAAGUACUUCUAUUGUCUUUGGUGGGGUUUGAGGAAUCUGAGCUCUCUAGGACAGAAUCUCUUGACAAGCACUUACAUUUGCGAAAUAGUUUUCGCCAUCAUCAUUGCAAUUCUAGGACUUGUGCUUUUUGGACUGCUUAUUGGGAAUAUGCAAACAUACCUCCAAUCUACUGCUGUGCGGCUGGAAGAGUGGAGGAUUAGGAGAACGGAUAUUGAAGAAUGGAUGAGUCACAGACAGCUUCCACAUGAACUGAAACAGUGCGUGCGAAAGUAUGACCAAUAUAGAUGGGUUGCAACCCGAGGAGUUGACGAGGGAGCAAUACUAAAGGGCCUCCCCAUGGAUCUUCGGCGAGACAUUAAGCGCCAUCUCUGCCUUGAUCUAGUUCGACAAGUACCACUCUUUGAUCUGAUGGAUGAUAGGAUGCUAGAUGCCAUAUGUGAAAGACUGAAGCCUCAUCUAUGUACACCAGGCACCUGUCUUGUUCGAGAGGGUGAUCCUGUUAAUGAGAUGCUUUUCAUUGUCCGAGGCCACUUAGAUUCUUACACCACUGAUGGUGGCCGCUCUGGAUUCUUUAAUUCAUGCCGCAUUGGCCCAGGUGACUUCUGUGGUGAAGAACUGCUCACCUGGGCUCUCGACCCUCGUCCAGGUGUUGUCCUCCCUUCAUCCACUCGCACAGUUGAAGCCAUCUCUGAGGUUGAAGCAUUUGCAUUCAUCGCGGAGGACUUGAAGUUUGUAGCAUCUCAAUACCGUAAGCUGCAUAGCAAACAACUCAGGCACACGUUUAGGUGUCACUCGCCUCAAUGGAGAACAUGGGCUGCAUGCUUCAUACAAGCAGCAUGGUUUCGCUAUAAAAGAAGAAAGGAAGCAGCUGAGCUGAAGAAAAAAGAGAGCAUAACCUUCACGUCUGAACUACCAAAGGAACAAACAGCAGCAACCGUGCCUCCAUUGGGCUCAGGCAAGUUUGCUACAUAUGCAGCAAAACUAGCUGCAAGCACUAGAAGGGGUGGAAGCCAGCGAUGUGGGAAUGAAUUUGAAAUUCUUACAUUAUUGCAAAAGCCAAAUGAUCCUGAUUUUACAGUUGAAGAUAGAUGAAAAUAACAGAAUUGUUCACAAUUUUUCUGGUGGAGGGUGCUAGAUUUAGGCAAAUAUAGGCUUUUAACUUAAUUGGUUUAUUAUUUUCAUGUAGGUAUUGCUCUAUAUGCUUAGUUAGAUCAAUUAGAUUAUACAUCUUUUGGUGUUUUUCUAGGUAAAUUAGUGCUUAGUUUUUCAUUUUUGAG